AUGUCGACGGCAAGUGAGGCGUUGGGGCCUGGCCAUGAAAUCGACAAGGAAGCUGUCCCUGAACAUUGUGAAAAACUGCCCGAUUCCAAAGGCUUUGAAGGGAACCAGGCACAGACGAUUAUAUCUUCCUACACCGGCAAUCCGGAAUGGAGUCCUACAGAAGAAAAAAGGCUGGUUCGCAAGAUAGAUCUCCGUCUCAUGUCAUUGCUGGCCUUGUCGUAUGGCUUGCAGUAUUAUGACAAGGCGUUGCUUGGACAGGCCGCAAUCUUUGGCCUUCGAAACGACCUGCAUUUGGAUAUUGGGAAUCGCUUCUCGUUUUCAGCUGCAAUCUUCUACCUGGGCUUCUUGGUUGGAGCCACCCCCGCAGUCAUGCUGGCGCAGCGGUACCCUAUCGAACGGGUUAUUUUCUCUGUUGUGUGCCUCUGGGGGGUUUGUCUUCUCUGCACCAUCGCUUGCCAUAACUAUCAGGGUCUCUACGCCCAGAGGUUCGCGCUAGGUGUGUUGGAAUCGGGGGUGUCCCCGAUAUUCAUGAUGUCUGUCGGGGCGUUUUACAAGCGUGGCGAGCAGGUUUUGCGGAUGGGAAUCUGGUACAGUGCAACCGGGUUUGUGGCCAUCUUCUCCCCGCUAAUUAACUAUGCGUUGGGGCAUAUAAAAUCUGGCCCACUGCCACCCUGGAAGUACAUGUAUAUCGUGGCGGGUGUUAUUACCAUUCUCUGGUCCUUUGUUCUUCUACAAUACUUUCCACCAGACCCUGUCAAUGCCCGCGGAUUUACACAGAGAGAGCGGUAUAUUGCCAUCGCCCGCCUCCGCAUCAACAACUCUGGUGUCCGCGACACGCACUUUAAGAAGGAACAAGUACGGGAAUUACUGGUAGACAUCAAGUUUUGGCUCCUCUUCAGCAUCGCCUUUCUCGGCAUGAUCCCCAAUGGCCCCGGUUCAACCUUCAUCCCCAUAAUUAUCAACGGGUUCGGCUUCAGCACGCUGAAUACACUACUCCUCAAUGCGCCGUACGGAUUCAUUGCCGGCGUCGGGAUUCUCUGCUUCUCCUACACGGCCUACAGGGUCAAGAACGCCCGAACCCUCAUCAUGUUUUCCGGCUACGCCAUGACCAUCAUCUCAUCCCUGCUCUUCUGGCUGCUCCCAAAAUCCCAACGGGGCUUGUUGCUCUUCGCCUGCUACAUCUUCCCGUUCUGGGGCGCUAGCUUUUCCCUGACCAUGUCGUACGUCCCCAUAUAUAUUCCCCGCCCCCAACUCCAAAUUCCCGUGGCGCAGGAAUGGCCUCGGUGUAUGGUAUUGAUGCACGCUAACCUUUCCCAAUCUCCGCCCUCCAUCAGACUCUGCACUGCGAAUACAGCCGGAUACACCAAACGCUCGCUCGCCUCGUCCGGUGUAUUCCUCGGUUACUGCCUAGGGAAUUUUGUUGCGCCCUUGCUGUUCAAGUCAGAGGAUGCCCCGCGCUAUGAGCCCGGGUUUAUUGCCGUCAUCGCCUGCUGCGCUGCGGCGGGCGUCCUCAGCCUCGUCUACCGCUACAUCUGUGUGUGGGAAAACAGGGGCAGGGACCGGUCUGGUAUUGCCGAGGCGUUUGAUCAUGCAUUUGAUGAUGAUUUGACGGAUAUAAAGAAUAGGCAGUUUCGGUAUGGGUACUGA